UCGUAAUUUAAACUGUAAAACAACUCUGAGGUAAAACGAUCAAUCCGAUGCAGAGCCGUUGAAAGUUGUUGCCUAGCAACUGCAACUACGAUUUUUGAAACGCAUUCGAGCCGCGCUGUCAUUUUCCCGGGAACCUCCGCAUCACGUGACUGAGCCGGCGCCUCGUGUGCAGCCCUGCUCUCCGAAUCAAAAUGGCGGCGCCGCAUGGCGUAAAACUGAAGGAUUUAAAGUGCGAUUUUACGGAGCACACAGCAGCACGGGCGCACCAGGACUCUCAGGUUGAAUUUGAAAAACACGAUGUUCCCGUCUUUGAGCUGGAUGUCGGACGGAUCUCAGAUGCUCUUCACGGAAGCCUGGAUCCGUCCAUUUUAUCCAUUUUUCAGGACAAGACGCCGACGGACAGCGUGGAGAGCGAGGCGUCGCUGCUGUCCGCUCUGACCGAGAUGUUGGACAGCGUGGACGUGGAGACGCUGUCUCCGUUCGACAUGCUGCCGGACACGGAGAUUUUCUCCGCUCAGAAGGGUUCGGACCACUCGCUCAGGAAUCUGCUUCAGUUAAGCCACACAUCACCGGAUCGACCAAAAAUCCCUCAGUCACCAACAGCAAAGUCAGGAAGAGAGGUCGUGAUGUCUGACAGACAGUUGAGACCCCGUCGCCAUUUGGGGACCCAGAGUGAGAUUUCACAGCGAGACGACGAUGAGAAGAAGAGCCGCUCCGUCAGAACUUUCCGGAUCGAAUCCGACCCGAUAUUCCCACAGGACGGACGCGAGUUACUCGCAGAUUUAGUGAGACACAUGCAUCCGUACUGCAUCAGGACCGACCUGGAGAAAGAGACACGCGUGUCUGCGGAGGAGGAGGAAGAGGAGGAGGUGUUUGUUGAUGUAGAAGGUUACGAGGAACAGGAAGACAACAUUCUGGACCAAUCAGGACACGGACCAGAACAAGACCAAGAACCAAACGCACAGAAUAUGUGCAACAACAAUCAGGAAAAACAUGUUAAGACGACACCUCAACGCAGCGCUUUAGUCAAAACCAGCGAUGCGGGACGGGUGAAGAAAACGGUGACUUUUGCGUUAAAUUUAAUCUCCGUUCAUGAGAUUCCACCUGACGAUGAGGAAUCUGAUUCAGAGCAGAUUUGUGAAUCCACAUCCUCUAAAACUGACAUCACCUCCCCUCAAAAGCCCAAAUCACUCAGUCUAGACCAGUACCGUCUCCUCAGACAGAAGAAAAAACCUCUGGAGGAGAAACGGAUGGACUAUCGAACCAAAUGGCCUUCGCUUCCUGACCUUCCCAAGGAGCUUCCGCCAAUCCUGCCGGAUUUGUUCGCACCGAAGCUGAAUCCAAACACACCUUCUGAGAUGUUACCAGCUGGUAAAGUGAAAACGUCUCAGUCGCAGGAAAUCUCACGUCCCCCUCGGAAAGAGACCAGAAAGGCUGUAGAUGUUUGCGUUGACCCUCCAAACCCGGUUUUAGUGCCCUUGAAAGCCACACAACACAUAAACGCAGCCCAGACCCAAGCAGCGCCGCAGGACGCCUCAGAACCGCUCAGUACAGACUCGAAAACAGAUGUUUGUGUUUCUUGUGAAGAGGUUCGACUCUCUGAGGUCGUGCCAGUGACAUCUGCCUCCGGCUCUGUGACCGUCAGAUCCCAAACUUCAGCUCCAGGCUCGCCGACGAGAGCCGGACCAAAGCCUUCAGCUGAAAAGAGACAGACGUCUGUACUGAUGCCCUCGACCGUCACAGAAAGACACAACGCUGGUCAGAACCAGACGACGUGUGAAGAAAUCGGAAUUGAAGCUGCUGAUCUGACCAGUCUACUGGAGCAGUUUGAGACUCAAGCUUCUGAAGGGCAGAUGGUUCCAGAAGUUUCCCAGGACGAGCAUCAGGAUCGAUGGUCACAACACUGUCGUCUGACAGACCUCAGCAGCACUGCAGGUCUAACUCCACCCGCAACACCACCACAUCAGAUGUGGAGGCCCCUGGUGUCUGUCAAAGGGACUAAACAUGAAUCCAUCAAGCCGUCGCCCGGCAAAACCAUUCAGAUUAUCGAACCUCGUCCACUGCCGCCCAGCAAAACUCAUUCAAAACCUUCACUUCCCACCUUCACUCCUGCGCUGAAUCGCGCUCUAGCGUUCCUGGACCACGACUACUGCGGGAUUCAGGACAGCAAGACGUCUUUCGCGCACACAAACUCACGUUGCGAGUACAGGACGUUGUCCGAGACGCCGCGUCUGCCCGGUUCGGUGCUGCUGUCUCCUGACAGCUCCCCCUGCAGGAUGGAGGCGUUCGAGGAGGCGGAGUCUCUGAGGGGGCGGGCCUUGCGCUUUUCCUCGCGCUCUCCGAGCUCACUGGAGCGUGGAAGGGUGAAGAGGCGGGGUUAUGAUGGUGGAUACCGGCGCUCCAGCUCCAGGUCAUGCUCCUCGUGUUCUUCAUCGUCUUCAUCAUCAUCAUCUCGUUCCAGGUCUCGUUCACCACCCAGAAAAAGCUACAGGUCCAGGCAUUCUGGAAGCAGUUCCUCCUCGCGCUCCAGUUCACGGUCGUCUUCUCGUUCUCCUCCUCGCAAGCGUGGACGCCGCUGCUCCAGAUCACGCUCCAGAUCGCAAACCAGAUCGCGAUCCAGAUCGUUACAUCGCUCCCGUUCGGGUUCGGGCUCGCGCUCGCCUGAGCCGGACUGGAGAGAGUCUCGUAGCAGAUGGAAGAGUCACAGACAGAAGGAGCUGAACCGACUGCAUGAAGAGGCUCGUAAACUCCGCCAGCAGAAAGCCAUCGAGGAGCGGAGGGUGGUGUAUGUGGGAGGAAUCCGUGGAAGCAUGUUGCCGUCGGACCUCAAAGAUCGAUUCUCGCUCUUCGGGAAGGUGGAGGAUUGCACAGUUCAUCUCAGGAGUCACGGAGAUAAUUACGGAUUUGUCACGUAUUACAACACAGACGACGCUUACGCCGCAAUUGAGAACGGCAGUAAACUGAGGCGUCCAGACGAGCUUCCCUUUGACAUUUGCUUCGGCGGCAGACGACAGUUUUGCAAAUCCAACUAUGCAGAUUUAGAUUCCAGCCGAGACGCCGAUCCAACACCCAGGAGCCGAUGUGAGUCGUUCGACUUCGACACGCUACUGAAACAGGCUCAGAGAGGAAUGAAGAGGUAGCAGCACAGAAGAUGGACUUUUUCAUGGAUCAGAGACUCAACUUUACCUCAGAGCACUCGUAACCCUGCUGAAAGAAACCAGUGACCAGCUUAAAUGAACAACUCAGUUGUCAGCAUUAGCCGUCUACAAUUUAAGCUGGUUCGUACUGGUUUAAAGCAAUAUUCUGGGUUGGACACAAGUUAAGCUCUUUUAACAGCAUCUGAUAUAAAUGCACUUACAUUGGUUUGAGAAUCACAUGCUGCACACAUGGAGUCCAAAGAGCUUCGCUUGACUUUGACCUGGAAUAGCUGUUUUUUUCAGCAGGGUCAUUUGCACUUCACUUCACUGACUUUGCUUUCAGCGCUUUCUUACUUGACAGUUAAAACUUCUAUUGAAGUCCUUUGCUCAUGAAAUUUUGUACAUAAGAAUGGAAUGGCAUUAAGAAAUGAAAUAAUCAUUAUGAAAGGAAAUUCAACUCAUAUGAAUGCUGAAUGGUGUGUCUCAUACAGUAUAUAUAUAUAUAGCCUGAGUUUUUUGAAGUGAUACCAAAAAAAAUGUUUUCCCCUUUUUUUAAGUUUGAAUGACGAAGUUUACCUGAAU